AGAAGAGAUAGUUUCAAACAAGAUUAAUGUCAGCUAAACUUAAGACUCGGAAUAGCAAGAAAGACCAGACCAAGUGAGAUAAUCAAAAGAACAAAAUUGAAGAAAAGGGUUUUCGAUAGUGCUGGUGAUCAGGGCAAGUGACUAUCUCGGCAUUGCGAUCCAACUGUUCGAUAAUUAUUUAAGCUUUUGGGCUGUGAACAAAAGGGCCGCUUUUCUCUUUCCGUCCUAGAAUUCUGCCAAAAAAAAAAAAAAAGAAAAAAAAAGCAUUGUCCUGAGUUUGCUACAAGCUUCGCUGUCCGCGGCUUCGCUGUUGUACGCACCUUGGGUCAGGAUUCGAACAAAGAAUGGAAUGGUGUAGCACACCAGCGCCUCGAUAUCCUUUGUGCUAGGGACAAUGUUGUUUUUCAGCGUUCCUGUCUGUAUAUGAGAGCAGGGCGGUCCCCCUCUGGUUUGGGCUCGAGUCUCAGGAAAUGAUAUAUAUGUAAUUAUUACCGGAUGUACAGUUGCCCAAUUUUCUCUCCCUCUCCUUAGUUUCUCCCAGGGCAAGCUCAGACCCUGUCCGGCAGGAAUGGCCGACAACCAGAAUCCGGUCGUCGAUCGUCGACUUGGAGCGGAGAUCGACGACGACCUGCCGCUCCCGCCUCCGGACCACGUCGCCGCGACCAUUCCCCCUUUCUACCUGUACGGCGAGCGAGAGUGUGGUGACCACCGCCACGACACCAGCACCAGCACCAGCAACACCAACAGCAAUUCGGACAAUCACGAGGCGGUGGCAUGGCAGACGGCCUGCACCAACUGCCACGCCCGCGCCACGCUCAACCAGAUCCACGACCUCCCCUGCGGCGACCGGAUCUGCCGGGAGUGUCUGCUGGUGAAGGUGCUCAGCGUCAAGCUGCACAUCGAAGCGAACCACAAGAAGAUAAAAGAGGCGCGCGCCAAGAUGCGGGCCAUCGACCUCUGCUUCGUCCGGAGACCGGGGGGGGCCAUGACUCCGGCACGGAAGCGGAUGCUCUGCCUCCGCCACAGCCGGCUCCGGGCGAGCGUCCUGUGCCUGGCCGGUCUGGCGUGCUGCGGCAGGGACAUGGGAUUGCACCGGUUCCUGCCCUGUCUGGGCCCCGACAAGGCGCGGGAGCUCUGGCUCGCCUUGAAGUGGGUGACGAGCAUACCGUCCGAGCAGAGAGCGUGUGGCUGGCCGGAUUGCGGGGCGUACGUGCCCAGUUGCUGCAGCUAUGCGCUGCCCGGGGAUUGGGCCCGCCGCUGGCACUGCGUUACCUGCCAGGGCAACUCGAUCGACUGUGCCCGGAAUCUCACGACCGCCCAGACCAGGUUUCCGUUUCUGCCCAAGGGCCAGCCUGCCCUGACGCCGGCGAGGUAAUUAGGUCUUG